CUCGCCGUAGCUCCCGGUUGCUAAGCUCGGCGCGUCCCAUAGCAACGCCCUGCAAGUUUUGUGUGAGCGUCUGAUUCCUCCCUAUACCGGAGUGUGUGACCUGUGUCCCCGGUGUACCGGGCUCGUCUGUGUCUAUGGCGUCCGCUGCCAGCGUCUUCCUUCUCAAUGUCACCGGGCAGAUCGAGAGUGCCGAGUUUCCUGAAUUUGAUGAACUUUACUGCAAGUACUGCUUUGUGUAUGGACAUGACUGGGCACCGACCUCUGGGGUGGAAGAAGGAAUAUCCCAGAUUGCUUCUAAAAACAGAAAUAUAAAGCAAGAGAUUGUGUGGAACUUCCCUAUUGAGAUAACGUUCAAAAGUACCAAUCCCUACGGAUGGCCGCAGAUUGUGAUCAGCGUCUAUGGACCGGACGCCUUUGGGAACGACGUUGUCAGAGGUUAUGGAGCCGUUCAUCUCCCCUUUACUCCAGGAAGACAUAAGAAGACAAUUCCCUUGUUUGUUCCCGAGUCAUCCUCCAAGCUACAGAAGUUCACAAGCUGGUUCACGGGACGACGUCCAGAAUUCACCGACCCGAAAGUGGUGGCGCAGGGUGACGGCAGAGAAGUUACCAGAGUGCGGUCACAAGGCUUCCUGACACUGUCCUUCAACGUGGUCACAAAGGACCUGAAGAAACUGGGCUACACCAACAGCACCAGCGACCCCCCACACCCGGUGGUGACGUCCCACCCUUAACCAUCUACUUACUACAAAGCAAGAUACUGUGUUAGAAAGAACUUCU